AUGUACAAGAGAGCCGACAAACCGAGAGUCCCCGUGUCGACACUUCUACAGAGUGUGGGGGUCUCGUCAACGGCAUCGUCGCCCCCGACUUCGCCUGAAACCUCCCGGACCAGCUGGACUUCAUCGGGUCAGGGUAUCGCAGUUGGACUCCAGCAUUUACAGGGUGUGCGGCAGACAACACCCGGUACUCUCGGCGCCUCAUCUUCGCCACCUCAGAGUGGAAGGAGUCAGUUCUUCGGUCAGCCGACGACCCCAACAGCGAGUGGAGGCGGUAUGGCGCUAUCUCCCGGUUCUGGCCCAACUCCACCACCGAAUCCUCCGACUCCCACUGGAUUACCCCCGAACCACCCAUUAUCCAAUUCCAAACACCUGUGUUCCAUCUGCGGAGAUAAGGCGUCGGGGAAACACUAUGGUGUCUUCAGCUGUGAAGGCUGUAAGGGCUUUUUCAAACGCACCGUUCGCAAGGACUUGACGUACGCCUGUCGAGAAGAGCGGAGAUGUCUCAUCGACAAACGACAAAGAAACCGAUGCCAGUAUUGCCGCUACCAAAAAUGCCUUCAGUGUGGCAUGAAACGAGAAGCCGUCCAAGAAGAGAGACAACGGAAAGAUCGUUCUGAAUCUAACAACAAUAAUGAAGUCAUGGUCGACGCCCAUCAAAUGAAUGGCAGCAGUUCCGCCGUCCAACCCAAGACACCUCAAUCGCACGAAGCCUUGUAUCAACAGCAAGCCGCUGCACUCGACCUCAUGCCGAUCGAGAAAAUCACCGAAGCCGAGAUCCGAGUCGACCAGCAGCGCAACGAAGUCGAACUACACCUACUGACCAGUCAGGAUCCCGUGACUUCGAUGAACGUCGCCGCCGAUCGUCAAAUACAUCAACUGGUCGCUUGGGCUCGGAUGAUUCCGCAUUUCUUGACACUUCCCGUGGAAGAUCAAGUGGCGUUGAUCAAACAGGGUUGGAACGAGCUCUUGAUCGCCGGUUUCUCACAUCGAUCGAUAAAUGUCAAAGAUGGCAUCGUACUUGCCACCGGUCUCGUCGUCCAAAGAGACAGUGCACAUCAAGCGGGCGUGGGAGCCAUCUUCGAUCGCGUUCUCGCCGAAUUGGUCACCAAGAUGAGAGACAUCAAGAUGGACAAAACAGAGUUGGGGUGCCUCCGAGCCAUCGUGCUCUACAAUCCCGAAGCCAGAGGCCUUCGGAGCGUCGCAGAAGUUGAACAAUUCCGGGAGGGAGUGUAUAUUGCUCUCGAGGAAUACACCCGAAUGAGCUACCCUGACCAGAACAGCCGUUUUCCUAAACUUCUCCUCCGACUCCCGGCGCUGAGGUCGAUUGGACUCAAAUGCGUGGAAAACUUGUUUUUCUUGAAGUUAAGCGCCGAUGCCACUAUCGACCAGUUCUUGCUGCAGGUUCUCGAGAGUCCGGACGUCUGAAUCGUGGCUUGAAUGCCGCACGGGUAUGGAAAGUCGAUGAUCCCCCGUUGUCCGUGUCCGCCUUUCCUUUAGGACCGCGCACCUGCCUUGCGGGCGCUGUCCGGAACUCAGUCAGAACCGAAUCGGAAUCGAAGUCGAGACUGCGUG